CUUAGAAAUAUAUAUUUUUUUUGUUUAAAUAGCAUUUUCUGCUAUUAUUCCAGCACUUGUUAUUACUGUACUGAAUCAAUGACAAGUGCAGAUAAAUAUUAUGAAGCUUCAAUGUGACAAGAUGGCAUCCUAAUACCUGUACCUGUACAGUAGUACAAUGAUUAUGGUAGGUCUUUAGUGUUACAUCUAUUAGUGCUCAAGGGUUCUUUAUUUAAUCAUUACAUAAUACAAUAUGGUAUUAUAUUUUUCAGCUGCAAAGCAAAGUAGUUUAUGUUAACCACCAACUUAUAUUUGUUCAGUUAAUUUAUAUAACAACAGAAAUGGUAUUUACAACAGCAAGAGCUAUUUAUAAAAGAUCAUCUUUGAGAAUCAUAAUUUAUACUGUACCCAGCACAGUACAGGUACAGUACUAUACUGUAUAUAGAAACCUGAGAAGAGAAAAUAUAUAUCUACAACAAACAAGAGUUUUCUUGUGGUCGUGGUACAGUAUAUGAAAUAUAUGUGUGAAAACUCAACAUAAAUUGUCAUCCAACAUCAGAGUAUUAAUCCUGUGAAUAAACAAAAUAAAUAUCAAAAGUUUUGAAGAAAAUUCCAGGCAAUAAUGUGACAGCAAUUCUAGACACCUUUACUUCAAAAAUAAUAUUUUAAAUCCCCAGAGGAAGGACAACAGAUCGUGUGUUGAUGAUCGGGUCAGAAAGAACAGGCCAUAAGAGAGUUGAUGACAUAGACUAACAUAAGCUAAUGAUAUUACAAAAGAUAUUGAAGUUGGUGAAGCCAGAGAACAUCUGAGCCACUCAUCAAGCCUGAGGCCAUUCUAAUUAUGGCGAAGGUCAUCCAUCAAGAAGAAGCAUAAUGAUGCAUGCUUCUGCUGAUGGAGAUUUUGAAGCAGAUGAAUCCCAGUAUCUCCUCUCAGACACAGACGCAGACACCCGCACAAUCAACAUGACGGGAGCACAAAGGCUUUGUUGUCUCUCAUUUUGCAUACGAAACUUUUUUGCACGGUUAUGUGACAGCAUGGUGAAUUGCUGCAUGCGUCGUCGCCAGUUGUCGGCGAGAUCAGUUAGAAUUGGUUACCCCACAACAGAGAAGUUCCCUCCUAAUGUCAUCCGUAAUCAAAAGUUCAAUUUCUUCACCUUUAUCCCACUGGUUCUCUUUGAACAGUUCAAGUUGUUCUUGAAUUUGUAUUUUCUCGUGAUGGCCACGUCUCAGUUCAUCCCAGAGCUCCGCAUUGGGUAUUUGUAUACAUACUGGGGCCCAUUGGGUUUUGUCAUACUGGUGACAAUGAUCCGUGAAGCCGUAGAUGAUGUGCGAAGACGUCAACGAGACAAUGAAGUAAAUCAGCAAAAAUACAAGAAGUUGACGCCCCACGGGGGACCACGGACAGUGACCAGCGCCAACAUUAAAGUUGGCGACUUAAUAUUUGUGGAGAAAGACCAGCGUGUGCCUGCUGACAUGGUAUUCCUACGAACAACUGAAACCAAUGGUGCCUGCUUCAUCCGCACAGACCAGCUCGAUGGCGAGACCGACUGGAAAUUGCGGCUGACCGUCCCUUUUAUACAGAAACUGGACACAAAUGAGGAAUUGUUUCAGAUGGAUGCUACUGUGUAUGCAGAGAAGCCCCAGAAGGAUAUACAUAAUUUCAUUGGUACAAUUACUAAGCAUGACACAGAGACAGAAGAAUCUUUGAGUGUGGAGAACACUGUUUGGGCCGGGACGGUAGUGGCAUCAGGGAGGCUUCUAGGCCUGGUGAUAUACACAGGAGCAGAGACGCGCUCUGUCAUGAACAACGCUGCACCAAGGUCUAAGGUCGGCCUGCUGGAUCUAGAAAUCAACAACCUCACGAAGCUUUUGUUUGUGGCGGUGCUGGGUUUGACCAUAGUGAUGAUGUGCCUGAAGGGGUUUGGUGGACCAUGGUAUCGAUACUUCUUCAGGUUUAUGCUGCUCUUCUCCUACAUUAUACCAAUCAGUUUGCGAGUGAACUUGGAUGUAGGAAAAGCCUUCUAUUCCUGGGUGAUCCAACGCGACCAGGAAAUGCAAGGAACUGUGGUACGUUCAACUACCAUUCCAGAGGAGCUUGGACGCAUCACAUAUUUACUCACUGACAAGACUGGCACGCUCACACAGAAUGAAAUGGUGUUUAAAAUUCUGCAUCUCGGAACUGUGGCCUAUGGGACAGAUACAUUUGAUGAGGUUUCAACCCAUGUGAAGACAUUCUUUUGUAAAGAUGGAAGUGGAACAGGAAAUACCUCCACCCCUACACGCAUGAGAAAGACCGUAGUGACACGUGUGGGGGAGGCCGUAAAGGCUCUAGCACUGUGCCAUAAUGUAACACCAGUAUAUGAGGAAGGUGUGAACUUGGCUGUUGAGGAGUCAGAAGACAUUCAGACUGUGCACAGCGUCGUCUACCAAGCGUCUAGUCCUGAUGAGGUUUCUCUGGUGCGGUGGACAGAGAGUGUAGGCUUGCCAUUGGUUCAUCGAGAUCUGACGACCCUGACCCUGCGCCCGCCAACGGGUAAACUGCUCACUUACACUGUCCUGCAGAUCUUCCCUUUCACCUCAGAGACCAAAAGAAUGGGCAUUAUUGUCAAGGAGGAAUCAACAGGUCAGAUAGUUUUGUACAUGAAGGGAGCUGACACAGUGAUGUCAUCCAUGGUUGAGUAUAAUGACUGGCUGGAAGAGGAAUGCAUCAACCUGGCUCAGAAGGGACUUCGUACCUUGGUGGUGGCUCGUAAGGUCCUCACUCCAGAGCAGUACACACAUUUCGAGCAACGAUAUUCAGCAGCCAAACUGAGCGUGACAGAGAGAACGAGUCGGAUAGCGGCUGUUAUUGAGAGCCUGGAAUGCGACUUGGAACUUUUGUGCCUCACGGGAGUCGAGGACAAACUACAAACAAAUGUCAAACAAACCUUGGAACUGAUGAGAAAUGCGGGAAUUAAGAUCUGGAUGCUAACAGGGGAUAAACUGGAAACUGCCACCUGCAUAGCAAAGAGUUCUCGCCUUGUAUCACCCAACCAGGGUCUCCACGUCAUGGGUAACUUGUUGACCAGGCGAGAAGCUCAUUUAGAACUUAACGCUCUCAGAAGAAAGAGUGAUUCUGCCCUCGUUAUUAAGGGUGAUGCACUGGAGACUUGCCUCCAGUAUUAUGAACAUGAGUUGAUGGAUCUUGCUGUGCAGUGUCCAGCAGUUGUUGUCUGUAGAUGCUCACCAACACAGAAAGCAGCCGUGGUGCGCCUGAUACAGCGGCACACAGGGAAGCGCACAGCAGCGGUGGGAGAUGGUGGGAAUGACGUAUCUAUGAUUCAGGCUGCAGAUGCUGGUAUUGGUAUAGUUGGCAAGGAAGGGAAACAGGCCUCUUUGGCUGCAGACUUCAGUAUUGAGCAGUUCCAACACAUUGCGAGGCUCUGUCUCGUUCAUGGUCGCAAUUCAUACAAGCGCUCAGCGGCUCUCUCUCAGUUCGUCAUGCAUCGUGGUCUCAUCAUCUCCACUAUUCAGGCGAUAUUUUCAUCGAUCUUCUACUUUUCCAGCGUUGCACUGUAUCAGGGGUUCCUCAUGGUCGGAUAUGCAACCUUCUACACGAACUUCCCAGUGUUCUCUCUGGUCCUGGAUCACGACGUAUCUCCCAACAUUGCUCUCACCUACCCUGAGUUAUACAAGGAUCUUACUAAAGGAAGAUCAUUGUCCUACAAGACUUUCUUCGUCUGGGUGCUCAUUAGUAUCUAUCAAGGCGGGGUGCUUAUGUACGGUGCAAUGCUGCUGUUUGAGGACGAGUUGAUCCACGUUGUGAGCAUCAGCUUUACGUCGCUCAUCUUAACAGAGUUGCUCAUGGUCGGUCUGACUGUGCGCACGUGGCAUCCCCUCAUGAUUGUCGCACAGUUCCUCUCACUCGGCUUCUAUCUGUUAUCAAUCAUUUUUAUGCAUUACUUUGAUUGGGAUUUCAUUAAAUCUAAAGACUUCUUUUGGAAAGUUAUAGUCAUCACACUAGUCUCCUGCCUUCCUCUAUACAUCUUGAAGUUCCUACGUAGAAAAUUCACUCCACCUACUUACUCCAAGCUAGAAGAACUCAACACCUUCGGCAGUACCAGCCUAUCACAACCACAGCCAUGAGCCUGUGCCUAGGUUUUAUACCGGUAUUUAGUUUUAUUUAUUUUCUUUCAAUGUUAUUAAAGUUUGUAAGUUUGAAAUUUAGUUUACAUAACAAACAGCGAUGAUGAGUCAGCUUAUGGUGUAUAAAGAAAAAAUCAUACAUUAUGUCAGUAGGCAAACUCCAACCUAAGCAGCUCUCAUCAAAGGAUCUGUUUUCUUGUUAUUAAAAAGAAAUCUUUCCAAUGCAAUGAAUAAGAAUUUGACUCUUGUGACAGUCCAUGGCAAAGCAGCCUUAGUGUGAAUAAACCAAGAGUCUUCAAUAACAUGUGGUUGAGAUACAGUUGAUGUGGUGAGAAUUUCCUCUGAGAAUCCAGUCAUGUGAUAUGUGAACUUGAGCUGAAAGUUUUAUUUGAUUUUUUUUAAAUGAAAGAUGUACAUUUAGUCCCUUUUAAUGUGGUAAGGUGUAUAAUGGAACUGAUAUAUUUUUACAUGAGAAUUGGGCAAAAGGGAUAGAGUUUUGUGAAAGAUAUUGAUGUAAUUGUUUUUUGUUCAUUUGGUUCAAUUUUAAAUUAACCAAUACACCUUAUGUCUGACCCAAUUCACUUUGCUCGCAGGUCAAAAUUUUAAUUUACCUGAUGAUAGAAAAGUUAUUUACUCAACCACAAUUUAACUCUGAACACAGCUUUAUUAAUUUCAUCUCCGAGAGUUGCUUUAGUUUCUCACAUUUGUUUUUAUUACAUAAACCGUGGACCCUUUGAAUCCCGUCCUUCUCAAAACCUUGAGCAUCAGCUCUUUCAUCAAAUUGAUUUACUUUACACAAAACAAAUGUAAUUUUUAAUGUAACCUGUCUCCUUUAAUGCUUCACUCUCUAUGUGAAGUAUAAACAGAAACCCUUCCAAGAUCUGUAUAGAACUUGUCACACAACUGUUAGAUGAAUAUUUUUCAGGAACACAAAAGAUAUUUUUUCCUGUUUUGUCAUAAAUUCAUUUAUAUGGGAUCCUUAUAUAUCUGCAUACAGUCCUCUCCCAUUAGUUGGUAUUAGUGUGGACAAAGCACAUUGUGCAUAUCAAAGAUUCAUAAUUUAAUCCCAGAAUAUAAUAUGAAGCUAAAGUCCUUGUAGAUAAACCAAGAUAUUGAUACACUGUGUGUCAUAUCCCUCUAUGGCUCCCAUAGUCAAACAUGAAGCUCUCAUUUUUGAACACAGGUGCAGUAGCACUCCCUGCCAAUGAUUGACUUAAUUUUGUCAUACAGGGAUAUAACAGGGGGUGCUGAACCAACCCUGGCUUACCUGCAUGGACUGUGAGAGUGGUCAUUAAAAAAUACUGAUGAGUCGUAACAUUUCUGAUUAAAUAAGAAAGACAGUACAAAAAAUUAUCUAACCCAGCAAAUAAACACUGCAGAAGGUAUUUAGCAGAGAAUGGAUGAGCCUUCAUCAUAUACAACAGGAAUCAAUAAUCCUUACUUAGUGAUGAAUACAUAGACUUAUUUUGUAGUUGCUCUAUUUUCUACACUAAUAGAUACCUUCGCAAGUUUUCAUUGAGGUUAAAUAGGCUUUCAUUUAUUAUUCCUAUGAUCACGACUGACAUUAUCAAAAAUAAUCUAGUACAGUACAGUAAUUCAUCCAUCUCCUUGUCAGUGCCAUUUUCUGCUCAAAUCAAAGUAUCAGAGUAGUCCGUACAACACCUGCCUUAGUGUUUGGAGUUACUAGUCUCAUGCCUCUUAACAAUUUACCCUUACCACUGUGUCCCUUCUCCCUUACUCCUACAAUUUAUAGCUUCUUCACAAAGAAUUUUUUACAGACUCCCAGUAGAUGUAGCAACAAGAUAAUAAUUAUUAUAGUACAGUAUGAUUAUUAUUACAGUUCUAUUAUUUUUAUUUACUUUCCUGACUUAAGAAUAUCCAUAGUCAUCCUGAGUCAGCUGAUCUACUCUGUACCUAAAAUUGCUAUAUGGCUUUUCAUAUGGAUAUAAUUUUGUUUGCAUUACCAGUGAGGGUCAUUCACCCAACUUUUGCUAACUUAACCUAACCCAGCAAUUAGCAUUAGUACCCAUUAGGAUUGGCCAAUCUGGCCAAGUACAGCUAUUGCAGUACUUUACUGUACUACCAGGGAAUAAUAACAAUCAAUAGUUAAUUAUAAUGAUUAUGUUCCAAUAGUAGCUGUGGUGGUGUGGAUGAUUGUGUAGAGUAAAGAGUUUUAACAAUUAUUUUCUUGUGUUAAGUUUACUACAUUUUGUCCAGUCUCUAUUAAUGACCAACUUAUAUCAGUGUGUAAGUGCUUCUUGCUGGCAUAUCUCUGCUCUUAUCUCAUCCAGCAUCAGAUAUAUAAUAAUGUUUCUUCUAUAUUGAAGCAGGUCUACUAUGUUUGGCCAAAAUCUGUAAUAUAAUCUUACUUUCAGGGAAUCAUUUGUUGUCUAUGAUCAUUUAUUUGCUUCACCUUUCUGACAUUUUGCAUUUUAUUUUCUUAUAAUCUAUAUUAAUGGUUUACUCACAUAUUACAGUACAGUAGUAUUUUUAAUUUUGGGGACGCUACACAAUAAUGAACCUCAAGAUUAUAUACUGUACAUAGUAAUUCAUUUAAUUAUUCAAGUUUGGUACAGUAUUUGUGAAUUGGUUAAUCUGAAACCGAUUCACAUAUUUUUUUGCUUUCAAUUAAAUCUCAGAAGAUUCUCAAAGAUAUUUUGGGUUCACAUGAAGAUUAGCACUCCAGCUUAUUUCACUUUCAGAUUAACCACUCUAAUGCUAACCUAACCUCAGCUAACAUUAAAGUGUUAACUAUCAUGUGAAAUAAGCUUGGAUGCUAAUCUUCAGGUGUUCCAUUUUAAGUUAUACACUACUGUACUGUGAAGUUCAGUUAUUUCAGUGUUUACUUCAUUCUCCGGGUGUAGUACUGCCUAGCUGAGUUUAUCGUUGUGUGUAGUAAAGCAGAGUAAUGCAUUUAUUUACUCUUUGUUCUAUGAAUAAUUUCCUAGGUUAAGUUUUUAUUAAAUGUUGAUAAGUACUUUACAAAAUUUGCCUGAGGGAUUGUCAGGGUUGGUUACUUCAGUUGUGAUGCAUGAAGAUCUGAAGCGUAGGGAGGGGCUUCCAUAUAUGAAAUUUAUCUAGUUCAUUUCUGUUUUUGUCUUUAAGUACUGUACUACAGUUGAGUUAAUCAGCAGACUUCAUCAGAUCUCUAAGAAAUAUAUAUAUCAGGUCUGAAAAUUCUUGUAAAGUCCACAAUGACCAAAAUAGAGGAGGAACCCAGCAUAUUGGCCACGAAGAGGGUGUUUUGUGACACAUCACAGUCCGGGGCAACAAUGUCCAUGGCCACCAUGACUACUGUGAAAUUCUAAGUCAAUUAUAUACAUUAGUGGAGCUUUUUAAUGUUGUUUACCAAAAAUGUUUUACAGUGUUCUGGCUAUAAGUGGAUCUCUGCCACAUACUGCUGACUCUAUGUCUGGCCUCGGUCAUAUUCAUUGCCAACCUCGCUAUUUUUACAUAACUGGUUGCUGUACUUGACUAACUUUAGAGAUUACCAGUAUGCUUUUGAUUAGAUUAAUUUAGUUAGUCUUUGAUAUUUUUUUAGUUAUCAAUAUUAAAUAUUUGCUCAACUUUUCAUAGAGUUCAUCUCUCCUGUAGUAUAUAGAAUGCAUAUAAGUGAGAAACAGAAUAAUGCCCCACCAACCCUGCCUAGUCACAGGAUUAAACCAUUAUCUCAUGGUUUGGGAAGUCCAGAAUAUUACCUAACCCUAUUUAAUCUAACCUAAUCUGGCUUGACCUAAAUUAUCCCAACCUAAUCUGAUCUGACAUGACCUAACCUAUCCAAUGAGUAAGAGGCAAAGAUAAAAAGCAAGGUACCUGUACUGUACUUUUUAAUUCAAAUUUUAGCUAGUUAAUUCCCUGAAGCUUUUCCAUAAGUCAUUCAUUAUUGGACAGUCCCACAAAAUAUAUUGUCUUUGAAUCAGUGUCUAAUGUAGAAACAAAGUCCUGAAGGUCAGAAGUUAUAUUUAGGAGUUAUGUAGGAGGAGAAUGCAGAGUUUGUCUACCGAGAGAUUCUUAGAUUUAGUCCAAAGUAUUGAGACAGAUAGUUUAGUAUGGAAUUAUGACCAAUAGAGGAAGUAGAUUUAGUACAUUAGAGUUGUACAGUAGUUGACAGAUUUAGGGUAUGAGACUUGGGGGUUGAAAUGUGACUGAUAAAGAGACUCAGUGUAGGAAAAUUGGAAUGAUCAAAGGUAGGAAUCAUUGUGAGGGUUUAAACUACUCAGUCAGUCAGUUGUCCUGUGCCUUGAAAUAUUAACCUUGUUCCCAACACUCAAAACAUCUGAUAAUUGUUUCAUACUGUACAAGGAUUUUUUAUCACUUGUAAGAAAUACUUUUUCAUGAGAAAAAGUAAUUAGAAACAGCUUUAUGAGUGUAGAUGUGCAUUUACUUUAAUUACCAUACAUGAUGUUAUGGUAUAGUACAUAAUGUAGUCAUACUGAUUUUGAUAUACAGUAGUUAUAUUACUUACUGGUUCUUCUUAGUGUUGUGUGAAUGUUUAUCCUUUGUGUAUGUUCCAGUCAGUAGACAUGCGAAUGUGCAUCAUGGUAUUUUCUCUCUCAUCCUUUCGUCUAAACUUCAGCUGCUGGAACUUCUCUCACAUACACUUAACAUUCUGUUGUAAAUCUCUCAUCAAAAACAUUCCCCUUUCAGUUUGUUGUUGACAUGAAGGAGGGCUGUUACAGGUGUUAGAAUUGUAGGAAAAUUCCCAGCAUGAAAGAAAAAUAUCCAAGGUUCACCGUCUUAUUCAGCAUGGUGCAGUACUUUUUGUUUUGUUUUAUCCUUUCUUUUUUUAUGGUAUACAGUACUCUUUUCAUUAGGGUUAAUGUUUCAUAGCCGGAGUACUACAGGAGGUGGAUGCAAACAUUUAUCUGUCUUAAGGUUACUGAACUGAACUCAGUAACAUAACCAGAAACCAACUGAAAUGUCUAGGUGUUGACAAUUGGUGCCAUCAUCUUUGAGAACAGAUGAACUCAAAAUUGUAAAGGGGCAUUAAGAUAUGGUUAAUUUCUUAUUGGGAUUACUUAGGCUUAUUAACUCUAUUACUAUUGUAGGGAUGUGAUAUUGUACUUUAGUGCUAAUGUAGCUGGUUUUAAUAUGUGCAUUAUUUGAAGGUAUUGAUAUUAAUUUAAAGGUAAUUACUGUUUGCUCAAACUAAUAGUUAUCAGCUGUAGGAGAGUAUAUACUGUAUUGCUAACCAACCGAUGUUAUUGUUUAUAUGCAGUAUAUAAUACAGAUAUAAAGCUGGGGUUACAGUAUACAAGUAUGACUUACCAUCAAAGUGCCCCCUCAAUAUUUCUAUAUUGUGAUUAAUUAAAUAUAUUCAUAUUACCUGUAUCAUGAAAAUUGAGUAAGAGAAGUACUGCACAGGUAGUGUGUUUUAGCAUGUUUCUCAGUACAGUUGUAGGUCUUAUUCAUAACAUGCGAUGAAAAGCAGGCAGAUCAUAUGUGCAUGAUUGUCUUCAAAGACGAACAAUAAUUAUUACUACCGGCACCCCUCAUGCCCAAAUACAGUACAGUACAGGGGAGGAAGGUGAGAUUUUUAGUCAUUUGUCUGUCCAUCACACCACAGCCAUUUUUUGGGCUAUCCAGUCACAACAGAAAUUCAUUUGUCCAACUGUCUCUCAUGGUUUUGUCUCAGAGACUAGUGCAGAAAAUUGUCAAAGAGAGAGGCUGCAGUGAGUGAUCCAGAGCAGAUUACUUAUUUUUGGUGUUAAUAAGAUUAUAACAUCUUUAUAAUAACAAGCCUAUCACAUAAAGACCUGACAUCUCUUCUGCCCAUCUAAAUCCAGUUGAAGCCUUAGUCAAAUCUAAAUAUUUUGUGUACAGAAAAUAUUAUUAAAUUCAUUUGUAAUCACUAAAUAAUUUAUCAUUGGCUUGGCAUUUUAUUUCCUUUGUUUUUGCAAUUCUUCUUCUAUUUGUUCAAACAGUAUUGAAGGGUCAUAUCAAGGGAUCAAACUUAGCACAAUACAGUACUGUUUUUGCAAAUGUAGAUAAAGAUAAGAUAUAAACUGUGCCUAUACUGUAUUCCCAAAAGUGUGUGACAUGCCAGCUUUGAACCCCUGAACUUAAACAUACUGUAUGCAAAAAUUCACAAGUGUUCUCGGGACAUUGGUUUGCACACCCGUAGACUAUAAACAUCCUUGCAUCCACACUCUCACACACACAUGUGUGUGCCAUAAACAAUAUCUAAGCUAUAUUUGAGCCCCAUUAUGACCCAUUGAUCCACAUUUAUAUUUGUCACGUGUCACUGUUAUUUUGAAAUCGGAAAUAGUGAACUGGAUGUGAUGGUUGCCUGUACUGUAAUUGCAAAAGUACUGCAGUGUAUGGUGUGUUGAUCUCAGCUUCCAGUUCAUCAUUGAAGUUGUAAGCAUAAAGGAAACACUGUACUGUACCACUAAAAUGGCACACACUUCCAAUUUUGAAUUUCACUUUUAUUUUAAUGUUGUGUACUAUAUAGUUAGUUUGCUAGUCAUUUGCAUUAUUUGCUUGUAGGUAAAAUGUAAACAAUGCUUUAUAUACUAUCAGUUAUUUAAUGGGUAUGAAGUUAGUGAUCACCAAGAGGUGUGCGUAUCAAGUUAUGGAUAAAAUAUAUUCUUGGUAUACAGUACUGUAUACAGGGUACAGUGUUACAUAACUGUAAUACUGUAUCUUGUUUUCAUUAAGAAUACUUUUAUUGAAGCAAAGAUAUCUUUUAUUAAUGAAUUGUUCAUUGGUUAAAAUAUCUUCUUCAUACAUGUUCCAUACCAUUAGUGUAAAUGCAAAAAAAUCAAUUAAGUUUAACCUUCAGAAGUAAACUUUGUUUUCUGUAGAAAUAUGUAAAUAAUCUUGGAAAGUUCAUUUUACUUGACCUAAUUCUUAAUUUUUCUAAAUACAGAAUUGUUAUUUGGUAUUAGUUUUACUAUUGUUGUUUUCUGUCACCAUGGAAGCUGCUGCUUCAUGGGUACUUGUCAUAGAUAGCGGUGGGUGACUGUUAUAUCUGGGGCUGGUAACUAAUAUUAUAUUGGUGGCAAGGUUUGACUUGGACUUAGAUUGUAUUAAGAAAUGUUAAUUAAUGGAAAGAUUGUAUUACAGUUUAAGAUAUUAUUGUGAUCAUUUGAUUGUGUCUUCAUUGUUUUGGUUUAAAUUUCUUUGAAUUUGCAUUUUGUUAUCUUUCAUGAUCUACACACAGUAUAUAUUUACUCUAUAUGUUUAUCUUGAUUUCUUUUUAUAAUAUAUAUAUAUAUAUAUAUUUGUAUAUGAACUGUGUACAGUAAUAUUAUUUUCCUGCCUUCAGAGUUGGAAGCUAAGUGGAGUAUUUCUACAAAAUCUCAUAUUUACCUUUUUAAGAAUUAUCAUCAAAACUUGGAAACACUUGUAGAACAAGAGAGUUAAAGAGAAAAUAAGGAACUACAACACAAGGCAUAAAAGCUUUAAGUCCCAAAAGGGUUCAUACGUGUAAAGUGAUGAAUAAAGAAUAAUUUUAGCAAUAUACACUGAAGUAUAUUUGUAGCAUUGUCAGUAACUUGCUGACUUCUCAGUCAGUGAACCUUUAGCUCUGGCUUCUGCUCAGAUGGGUGACUGGUGCUGACACUCACCUGGCAUAUACAGUACAAUAUUAGUAUACAUACAUUGUUUUGUUCAGUAAUAUGUACUUGCCUAUUAUGCCAUUUCAUUAGAUUGUUCCAGCUCUGGAGGUGGCCUCAUCUUGCAGGACAUUAAUAUUGCAGGAAAAUUAUUGAUCACAAUCAUGCAGACAAGGGCUAAAGGCACUCUAAAGAAGUAAAAAUGUCCAGAGUACUCCAAGACAAUAUGGAUAAAAGGAUAGUUCUUACAUGAACUUAUCCUGGCAAUUGAGAUGUCAAAAGUGAGGAGACACCAUUUCCAGGUUACCUGUGAUAUUGUAUUUAUUUUUAAAAUAUGGAUAAUGCAAUAUAAGGCAACCUGGGGUGUAUCUGUACUCUCAACUAAGGUAACUAAACUCUUCCCUUCAAUCAUCAUGAAAAUGUCAAAGUGUUUAUCAUGUUAUAUUUAAGAGUCAGUAUGUCACCACAGCUCUUGGGACUAGUUGCACACUACACCUGGGGGAAUAUUCCUUAACUCCAUUAUUUGCUCUUGUUCCACUGUACUUAUUACUAAUAUCUUCACUUUUUUUUUGUAGUUUAGAAUCUAUUAUUAUGCUUACCGGAUAAUAUCAUACCUGUGACUACUACUCUUCAAGUCUCCUGAUUCAGUAACACAGAAUGGGAACAAUGUUCCCUCUUGUGCAUAACUUGUACCAAAUAUUGCUGUUUAAAGUAUAAGUCUGUGAUUGAUAAUAAAAUAACUGGGUGUGAGUGGAAGUGUUUGUUAUGUGAAGCUCUGUAUUUUUUGCUAAGUCAAUGAAAUGUAUGAAUUCUUCAAUAAAUGAUAAACAUAC